AGCCAACAAUAAACGGUUUCCUUCGCUGCGCUAAGAAAUUCAAUUGAUAUUUGGGAGUACGGAAUUCCGAAACUCCAUUGUAAUCGGAAUGGCGACGGCUUUCUUCACUCCCACCUUUAAUUUCCGAAACUCCACCUCAAUUCCUCAAAACCGCCGCCGCCGUUAUAUUGUGCGGUCCUCCCAGGCUUCCGUCGCCAUCGAGGCCCCUUCAUCCUCGACCACUGACCUAUUGCUUCAAGUCAAAGACCUCUCCGCUGUCAUCGCCGAGUCCAAGCAGCCUAUCCUCAAAGGCGUUAAUCUUACCGUCCGCCAUGGAGAGGUUCAUGCUGUGAUGGGGAAGAACGGCUCAGGGAAAAGUACAUUUGCAAAGGUCCUUGCUGGCCAUCCAGAUUAUGAGGUUACAGGAGGAAGUGUAAUGUACAAAGGGCUUGAUCUGCUUGAGAUGGAACCUGAGGAAAGGGCUACUGCUGGAUUAUUUAUGAGCUUUCAAUCACCAGUUGAAAUUCCUGGUGUAAGCAAUAUUGACUUCUUAAAUAUGGCUUACAAUGCUAGGAGGAGGAAACUUGGAUUACCAGAGCUUGGUCCAAUUGAGUUUUAUGGCUACGUGGCACCUAAGCUUGAGCUCGUCAAUAUGAAGACAGACUUUUUAAACAGAAAUGUGAAUGAAGGAUUCAGCGGUGGAGAAAAAAAGCGCAAUGAGAUUUUACAGCUUGCGGUCCUUGGUGCGGAAUUUGCUAUAUUAGAUGAAAUUGAUUCUGGCUUGGAUGUGGAUGCUCUUCAAGAUGUGGCAAAAGCAGUUAAUGGAAUCCUUACCUCAAAGAACUCAGUUCUGAUGAUCACCCACUAUUUACGUCUUCUAGAAUUCAUAAAGCCAACAUACAUCCACGUAAUGGAGAAUGGCAAGAUCGUGAAAACUGGGGAUAUCACCAUAGCUGAAGUUCUUGAAAAAGAAGGAUACAAAGCAAUUUCUUGAGCGUAAUUGGAAUGUACAACCAAGGUUCGUUCUGUUGAAGCCAUGAAGAUCUUGUAUAGCUUUCAGAAGCUACUGUUUCUACAGGCUUAUAUCAACGGCUUAACCGCAUCUUUCAGUUCUGCAGAACCUACUCUAAAUCAGAAACAUGUUAGAUCUUUCUUUCCAUGGAUAUGAUACAAAAAGAGGCAGGCUAGUUUAUUCAAAAAUAAAAGCUGAGUGUAGCCAGUAUAGCUCCACUUUUGCUGCUUGCUACAAUUUUGUUUUGUAUUUGUAAUUUUUGUAAUUUUUUCAUUUCAUGAUGCUGGAUAAUAAGUUUUCAAUUGAAAAAUAUGAUGCAAGAGGUUUGCUGUAUUCAUA